AUGGAGAAGGACGAUAGUUCCAUUUUGGAGAUUGUUGAUGAGAAUGAAAAAGCAUCGAAACCGGCUGGUUUUAACCUAGAUCAGACCCUGGAAGAGGUUGACCAAUUCAUCCAAAAGUUGGUUCCUGGUGAGAAUAAAUUUGUCAAGUGUAUUGACCCAUUGCAGGAGCUGGUUGAUUCCAGGAUUGCCUUCUAUGAACAGAAGGAACCCGCUGCCAAGUUUGGCCUAAAUAUCGACGAAGACAACUCUUUUUUCGAAGCUGUGAGGCGUCUUUCCUUGAUUGUAAAUAAUCUUGAUGAAUUCCCAUCUGAUUUAGCUGCAAUUUCUUGCUUGAAUCGAGCUAGCUCUGCUCACUUUCGUGCCAUGUUGUUAUUCGAAUGCGAGUUGCGUGCUCUUCUCGACAAUCCUAAACGCACCGCUGAUCCGAAUUUUGAUCCUAAAUCUCCCAAUACGGAUGGAUCCCAAGGCAGCUCAAAAUCGGAGGAUGAGUUCCCGUAUUUUUCGUCCCAAUCGAUCCAUGUCAUGAACCAAAUCUCCACUGCAAUGAUCCUUGCAGGGUACGAGGCUGAGUGUUGCACUGUUUAUGGUGGUCUUAGGCUAAAAGCAUUGGAUGUUGAGUUUAGCAAGCAAUGUUACGAGAACAUCAAUGUGGAGGAUAUUCAAAAGAUGAGCUGGGAAUCGCUCGAAGGAGAGAUCAAUAAUUGGAUUCACAUUAUGAAAUUUUGCACCACCAAUCUCUUCCCCGCCGAACGCAACCUUUGCGAUUCUGUAUUUUCAGAUAAUCGUUUAACAGCUCAAAGAUUGUUCUGCGAUCUUGCAACAUCCUUGAGCAUAAGGCUUCUUAAUUUUCCAAAUGCUUUGGUGUGGCCCAGACGAUACUCCACGGAGAAACUAUUCAAGUUCUUGGACAUAUACGAGAUGUUGCAAGAUUUGGCGAAUCUAAAUAUUGGCAACGACUCAUCGGCUGAGGAAUUCAUGUCUGAGACAUCGAUGGCUCAAAGUAGGAUCGGUGGAGCCGUGAUGAGCAUUUUCUCUCAGAUUGAGAGUUCAAUCAAGAAUGACAAUGCAGGCAGAACCCCAGUGGCAGGCGGUGCAGUUCACCCCUUGACUCGCUACACAAUGAAUUAUCUAAAGUAUGCUUGUGAGUACAAGGACACACUAGAGCAAGUAUUUCAAAACCAAGACAAGGUGCAGGGAUCUCCCAGGCAGAAAGUUGUGGAGCAGGAGUCUAAGGACGUCACUGAAGACGACGACCGGUGCCCCCCACUCUCCCCUUUCGCAUUAAAGUUAAUGAUGGUCAUAGAUCUGUUAGAUGCCAACAUCGAGAUGAAAUCAAAGCUAUACAGGAACCCGGCAUUACGUUUAGUUUUCUUAAUGAAUAAUGGCAGAUACAUUCUGCAGAAGAUUAAGGAGUCAGCUGAGAUCUAUGAAAUGAUGGGUCCUUAUUGGUCGCGGAAACGAACAUCCGAGUUAAGGCGGUACCAUAAGACGUACCAAAGAGAAACAUGGAGCAAUGUGUUGCAAUGUAUUAGCCAUGAGGGUGUUCAAGUUAAUGGGAAGGUGUCAAAACCUAUAUUGAAAGAAAGGUUCAAGAACUUCAACACCAUAUUCGACGAAAUCCUCAAGACGCAGAGCAGUUGGAUCGUAAGUGACGGAAAGCUUAGAUCGGAGCUUAGAGUUUCGAUAUCAUCCGUGGUGAUUCCAGCAUAUAGGUCAUUCUUGGGGAGAUUCAAGUCAUACUUAGAUAACAAUAAACAAGCAGGGAAAUAUAUAAAGUAUCAACCAGAAGACAUCGAGGAGUUGAUUGAACAACUUUUUGAAGGAAAUACGGCAUCAAUGGCUCCCAGAAGAUGA